AUGGGAACAUUAUAUGAACCUGAAACAGAUUUUCAUCCCCAGAGCACAGAACAGGAAUCACCUUCCAGAGUCAUUGCAAAGUCUUAUCCUGCUGCUCCCAAAGCCAUGGCCUAUAGGUCAAGCCAUAGGACCGAUCCCGACCGGGUGUCGGCGGCCGGCCCGGUUCUCGUCGCUUCUCCUCCGGGUGCGGCUGGAAGGGUUCGCGGGGCGGGAUGGGGCGGGGCAGGGCCGGGCGGGGCCGGGGUCGCUCCGGCAGCGGCAGAGAGUCCGGCCGAGGCAGAGGCUCCGGCCAGGCAGAGGCUCCAGCCGAGGCAGAGGGUCCCACAGAGGCAGAGGGUCCCACAGAGGCAGAGGCUCCGGCUGCGGCAGAGGCUCCGGCCGAGACAGGGGGUCCCACCGCUCCCCGCCAUCCUCGGCAUGCUGCGGGCGCGCCUCCGCCCGGGGCGGCUGCUGUCCGCCGCUCCGCUCCGCCCGCCCGCUCCGCGGGGAGCCGCUGCCGCCGGGGAUCCCGCCCGGAGCCCGGGCACCACCCGCGCUGAGCAGGCUCACAGGGUGGUCGCAAGUUACAAACCUUCGAAGUUUGACAAAAAAAUCCUUCUCUGGACUGGACGUUUCAAGACAGAAGAAGAGAUUCCUCUGAGGAUCCCGCCAGAGAUGCUAGACAAGGCAAGAAACAAGGCCCGAGUGAAAGCCUGUUACAUCAUGAUUGGGCUCUCAAUUAUUGCCUGUUUUGCGGUGAUUGCUUCAGCUAAGAAGGCUGCUGCACGUCAUGAGUCCUUAACCAGCUUAAAUUUGGCAAAGAAGGCCAAGUGGCGGGAGGAGGCUGCACUGGCUGCAGAGGCAAAGACAAAGUAACUUCGCCUGAAAUGCUGAAGGUCCUUGGAAGAGCAAAAUUACCUGCUGCUGACAGCAAUUAGUGAGUUUCACCCCUACAUGAACAACUGCAAUAUCCACACCCUGGAGCCAGUAAGGGCAGCUACAGCACUACAAAAAGAAAGGGAAGGUCUCUUUCAUUAGGAAGAUAUUCAGGAUACUUGUUGCAUAUAAUUAAAACUAUUUAGAAUGUUUUGCAUAUGAUUAAAAGCAGUAAUUCAUUUUAUAGGAGAUGAGGUAGUUUCCUAAGAAUGCCAGUUACCUUUGGUUAGAUAACCACAAAGUAUUUAAACCCAAGAAGUUUUCUGUCUGGUGACAGUGCAGUUAUUCAGUGCACAAACUGCCACUUGGGAUUCAUUGGCAUCAAUGCUGUAUUCAAAAUGGUAUUUGCAUUUUUUAGUUUUAAGCAGCAACACUUAUUAGAUCACUAAAUAAAUACAGCAAACAUCUGUA